CCCAAGUUGGGUCCAAGGAAUCCUGACAUAAAAUUUUAACAUUUGUUUGCCAAACUGAUAUCAAUCGACGACACUCUGUGAUGAUAUAUGAAUCUGUUAGACUCCAUCGACCACGAUUUCUGUAAUUUUCAACUUUCAACCCAGUUUCUCUUUUGCUAGGUAUAAGUUCCUUGUUAAUGACGUCAUCAAAGAGGUUUCAGGCAGUGCCAUUAGUAGCUUCACCGACAUACCCAAAUGCCAUGGCAUGGUCCCAUGAAAACCUGCUUGCUAUUGCCUCUGGUCACUUGGUUACUAUUUUGAAUCCGGCUAUGCCGUUUGGACCGAAAGGUUUAAUCACAAUCCCGGCCGCGGCUCCUUUUCAACUUGGUCUUAUACAAUCUAAUAAAGAUUUGGUCUCUGGUUGUUUGUUGCCUACUUGUUUGUCUCGUGAUCCUCGCCCUUCUGUACGCUCGAUAUCGUGGUCUUCUCUCGGUUUGGCUCCUAACGGCGGGUGUUUGCUUGCUGUUUGCACCACUCAAGGGGUCGUUAAGGUUUAUCGUUCCCCAUUUCUUGAAUAUUCUGCAGACUGGGUAGAGGUUGUGGAUAUAUCUGAAAUGAUACAUUCUUACUUUUCAAAAAGUGGAUAUGGGGAGGUUGAUGUUCCAUCUUCAGAAGAUUGUCGAGCUAGUCAACUUGAUGUAGAGCAAGGGAACAAUGAGGAUCCAUCAUUAUCAAAUUUAGGAAGCAGAAAGCACAGAAGACUAAAUCCACAAGAUAACCGCAAUCUCUCUUUCAUAAGUGCAGAGCAGUAUGCUUCUCGCAGUGCAUUGGUUUCAUCACUUAUUGUUGCCUGGUCCCCAAUGCUUCAUAGUAACUUGUCAAGUAGUUGCUCUGUACUCGCCAUUGGCGCCAAAAGUGGAAAAAUUAUGUUAUGGAGAGUCCAUGUACCACAAUGCUACUCUAUAACAGAACAAAGCAAGGUGCCUGUUGUAUCACUUAGUGGAUUUAUUCAAGCACAUAGUUCUUGGAUCACUGCAAUCAGCUGGUCAACAUUUGUUUCUGACGGAUCAACCCAGCUUCUAUUAUGUACAGGAUGUGCUGAUGGAAGUGUAAAAGUCUGGCGGGGAUAUAUGAAUGACCUGGUUGAGUCCACCAAAGAUGAUAUGGGUUCAUUCUCACUGUUGAAGGAGGUUAUAAAUGUUGGGUCAGGCCCUGUCUCUGUACUUUCACUUCUCGUUCCAGAUAUUUCCCCACACAAGAUAACCUUGGCUGUUGGAAAAGGUUCUGGAUCCUUAGAAAUAUUGACUUAUGAUACAUCCAUCGACAAAUUCAAUGUAUUUGGACAUUAUGCACAUGAUCAUAUUGUUACAGGUUUGGCUUGGGCUUAUGAUGGUAAAUGCCUCUACAGCUGUAGCCAGGACAAUUCAUUGCAUAGCUGGAUCAUAAAAGACGAUUUGCUCCAUGAAGUACCCAUACCUUCAAAUAUUCUUGGUGUGAAGAUCUCCACUGAUGUCCCUAAUGUGUUCGAUGCAUGUUUUGGCAUAGCAGUAUCCCCUGCCAAUCUUGUGCUUGCUGUGGUUAGAAGCUUUGAUAUUAAUCUGUUAAAUCCAAUGUAUGAGGCCAGGUCACUGAAGGGUGCUGUUGAGUUCUUCUGGAUUGGUGGGCAAAAGCUGAAAGAAGAUCCAGAAUCUAAUAAAGAAAGUUUGCCUGGUUUUCCGAAUAUGGAUUUAGUUAAUUGGGGAAACAACAUACUAUGGUCAUUAAAUCAGUGUGAACGUUUUUAUAAGCCCAUCGUUGUAUGGGACGUCAUAACCGCAUUAUCGGUUUUGAAGAAAUCUAACGUUAACUAUGUUGAGAAAGUUCUGGCUACGUGGCUGCUCUCAUAUGCUGAGUUUGAGUGGGGUAGAACCCUUGAAACCGUUUUACCACAUGUUUUUGAAUGUCUCCCAAGUUUAACUUCACGCCAGUUGCAUCUACUUAACUUAGUGAAUAGGCAUGUCAUACUUGGAGAUAAAAUUACCAGUGAAGAGGGAUCCGAGAGUGGAGAAUCAAACCUAUGGAUUAAGCUUCUUGAGAUGUCUGAAAGAGAACUUAGAGAAAGGCUCAUUGGUUGUAGUUUCGCUGCCACACUUAAUGGGUGUAAUGGUAAUCUGCAGCCUGUUAAAUUGACACAAAUGAAAUGGUGGGUUUCAAAAAAUGGCCGUGUGGUAAAAGAUUUUCUUCGACUCCUUGCAUCCGAAGUUACAAAGAUUGAGAAAAGAUAUGUAGCAGAAGAGGAAUGCAUAUACUGUUCUGCACCAGUUCCAUUUGAAAGUACAGAAGUUGCUUUUUGCAACAAAGGAAACGAUGAGAGGCAUAAACUGGCAAGGUGUGCUGUUUCUAUGAGUGUGUGCCCUCUUUCUCCAUUAUGGUUUUGUGUAUCUUGCAAUAGACGGGUCUCAAAUUUUGCUCCAGAGAGUCUUUUUACAUUGCUCAGAUACCCUCCGGCUGGUGACUCUGUGGAAAGGAUUCGCAAGAGAUUGCAUAGGGAAACUAAUGACAAAGUAUUAUUGAAACCACUGUGUCCGUUUUGUGGGGUAUUGCUGCAAAGGUUGCAGCCUGAAUUUCUGUUAUCAACAAAUCCUGUGUAGAUAACCUGAAACGUAGCAGCAAAGGGACUUAGGGCCUGUGGGGUGGGUGUUCUUCUAUGAGCCAUAUCGUUCAUCACAAGAAGCAAAGUGAUGGUAUUAAGAAGAUGCAAGGAACUAGGAUAAAGCCAAAAGAGUUUACACCUCUUGAACGACACUUGCCAUACUAUUUGACGACUCUUUCACCUCUUCUGCCUGAAGAAUCCAGAAAGAUCUACCUCGCGCGACAGACCCUUAAGCCUAAGAUGAAUUUGCAACUAAAUACCCAGAGGCAAUAUCCAAUAUCGAGAAGCUCAAGAAGUUGUGAAUUAAACUCAAACUUGGCGUCGGCUUGACCAAGCCGCUAUGAAUCCGAAAGUACGACUCCUUAGUUUUCAACAACUCGUUGGAAACGGAUGGAUCAUAGUUUACAAAGCAAGCUAAGGACAUACAUCCUGGAAAAGUACUAGUGUUUCAAUAUUCUACUAUAUGGGCACAGCCGCCUCAGUACUCAAAGUCAAGGUAAAACUCCCUUUUUCUAAUAGCACAUUGGGAACUCUUGAACCCGAUGGAAAUAUAUCUUCACCCUACCAUUUAGCCAUACAUCCGGUGGGACCUCAGACUGUGCGCUUAGCUGUCCAAUGGCCAAUUUUAGACUGGAGAAGAAGUUUGUUGAUACAAAAUUUGCCGGGUGUACCGGUUAUGGGGUCCGGGAGCAAGCCUCAAUGCGGAGAAAACAGAACUUGAAGUUCCAUAUUUUUGUGAAGGAUGUCAAAGAAAAGGGCCAAUCCUGUAGAUUUGUUUUAAUUUUUUUUUUUUUCCUAACAUGUAUGUAAUCAUUUAUUUCUAUGUUUGCUUCAUUCAUGAUUGAUAAAUGACUACAUGUUGUGUUUGAGAUUUUUACGUCUAGAAUUAAUGAUCACAGAUUACUUCUUAA